CAGAAAAUCAGAAACCCUAAAACUCUUUCAAUGGAACCAGAGCAGCAGCAACAGCAAGAGACCAGCAAAAAGGCGGCGAAGAAGGAAGCUGCCAAGGCUGAAAAACUCCGUCGUCGCCAGGAAGCAGCGGCGGCUUCCGCCGCCGCCUCCGGCGUCGCUGGUGUCUCUAUCGACGGCCCUGAUCCUCUUGCUGCCAACUAUGGGGAUGUGCCUAUCAAAGAUCUUCAAUCGAAGGUGGUUUCCGGUCGUGUGUGGACCAAGGUCAGUUCUCUGACAGAUGAACUUAAAGACCAUGCGGUUUUAAUUCGAGGGCGGGCUCAGGCGAUUCGUGCUGUAGGCAAGAAAAUGGCAUUUUUGACGGUGCGAGAAAAGGGGUAUACUGUUCAGUGUGUGUUGACGGUGGCUCCCGAUCUUGUUAGCGCCCAAAUGGUCAAAUAUGCGACGGCUAUUAGCAAAGAAUCAUUUGUUGAUAUCGAAGGAAUCGUAACUGUUCCACCUGAAGCCAUUAAAGGUGCCUCUCAGCAGGUUGAAGUCCAGGUCAGGAAGAUCCAUUGCGUAAACAGGGCAGCCCCUGUGCUUCCCAUAAAUGUCGAGGAUGCUGCUAGAAGUGAGGUUGAAAUCGAGAAGGCUUUGGAGGCCGGAGAACAACUUGUUCGUGUUAAUCAGGAUACCCGUUUGAACUACAGGAUUUUGGACUUGCGUACGCCUGCAAAUCAAGGGAUUUAUCGUCUUGAGUGCCAAGUUUCAAAUUUAUUUAGGCAGUUUCUGCUGAAUGAAGAUUUUGUCGAGAUCCAGACUCCAAAGUUAACUGCAGGCACUAGUGAAGGUGGUGCUGCUGUUUUUAAGCUGGAAUACAAAAAACAACCAGCAUGCCUUGCACAGUCGCCUCAGCUUCACAAGCAGAUGGCAAUUUGUGGUGAUUUUGGACGCGUUUUUGUGGUGGGUCCUGUCUUUAGAGCUGAAGACUCCUAUACCCACAGGCAUUUGUGUGAAUUCACAGGUCUUGAUGUGGAAAUGGAGAUUAAGGAGCAUUAUUCUGAGGUGAUGGAUGUCGUGGACCGCCUUUUUGUUGAAAUGUUUGACAAUUUGAAUCAAAGAUGCCAGAAAGAGUUAGAGGCUAUUGGGAAGCAGUAUCCCUUCAAGCCUUUGAAAUACUUGCGGAAUACCUUGCGGCUUACGUUUGAAGAAGGUAUUCAAAUGCUAAAGGAAGCUGGUGUUGAAGUAGAUCCACUUGGUGACCUUAACACGGAAUCGGAAAGAACAUUGGGAAAACUUGUAUUGGAGAAGUAUGGAACUGAAUUCUAUAUACUACACCGCUACCCUUUGGCAGUUCGACCUUUUUAUACAAUGCCAUGUCCAGACAACGAGGCUUAUAGCAACUCGUUUGAUGUUUUCAUUAGAGGAGAGGAGAUAAUUUCCGGAGCGCAGCGUGUGCACGUACCUGAACUUCUGGAGUCACGUGCAACAGCGCUCGGGAUUGAUGUCAAAACAAUAGCGUCAUAUAUUGAUUCCUUCAGGUAUGGUGCGCCACCACAUGGUGGGUUUGGAGUCGGAUUGGAACGUGUUGUUAUGCUUUUCUGUGGUCUUGACAACAUUCGCAAAACGUCGCUUUUCCCUCGUGACCCACGAAGGCUAGAACCGUGAUACUUGUUUCGUAGCAAUGUGGGUUCUCGAAUUUUCGGUUAUUUUAGCUAAAACAAUUGUAUUUUUUCGACCGCAACCGUACAAUUUCUUGCUUCAAAAGAUGCUGGGGGAUAAAGGCAACCUUUUUUUGGUUCUCAUGUACGUUUAAACUCUGUUUCUAAUGAUGGAAGAACCUGUUGUUAUUUGGUUGUAAAUGUCCAUUAAGACAUAUCUUGGAGUUAUGAAAAUAUUAGAUGGUUGGUAGAAUGA